UCUCCUGGAAAUAUCAGGAGUUUUUCAGGAGUUUUCUGCAAGUGUGAAAACCUUAUAGUGUUUUUUGUUUUUUACUGCCUUGAUUAGUGAUCCAUCUCAGGCUUCGGUUUUUCUUUGGCUGACACCUCACAGUGGCAAUUUCCCAUCUUAGUCAUUUUGUGUUCUUAUUCUGGGAAUUUGUCACAGCACAGAGGCAGAGUCCUUGCACAUAAUACAUUGAAUAAACAUUUGUUUUUUAAGGAUUUUGCUUAUAAAAAUGUGUUGAUGGAUGGUUUCGCUGUAAGCACCACUGACACUCCUUUUUUUGUCCUUUACAGAUUGAGUUCCUGAAUUCAGUCAUCGUCGAUCUCCAGAGAAAGAACCAAGAACAGAAGGAAAAACUGGAGAAAAUGGCUGAAGCUGCUCUCAACGGCAAUAAUCCAAGUGAGCUGGACAACUACGAUAGCCAUGACAAAGAACCUGUGAAGAAGAAGCUUCCCCCGAGGCUGUUCUGCGACAUCUGCGACUGUUUCGACCUCCAUGACACCGAGGACUGUCCCACACAGACGCAGAUGCCUGACUCCCCCGAACACAGCACCUUCCACGGCACCAAGGGCGAAGAACGGCCCUACUGCGACAUCUGUGAGGUCUUCGGCCACUGGACCGACUCGUGCAACGACGACCAGACCUUCUGAAGCCCCUUUCCCCCCCCCCCCCCCCACCCUCGCUCGCACAAUCAAUAUAUUUGCACAUCGUCUUCCAUCAUGCAGUGCUUUUUGGGGGUUUUUACGUGUGUGUUUGGUGUGCUUGUUUUUGCCAAGCGUCAUUAUCGUCCACGCCAGUCCUUAAGCGCUCUUACAGGAAAACAGUCACAUUACAAUCUCUUUUCAGUCAUCCAAUACAAAUAACACACAGCUGUGAGCGCUCUGUAUGCGUUAUUGUACAAUACUUGAGAAGAGAAAUGUUUGAUAUCCUGGUUUUGUGUGAGUGAUGACUUACUGUUGGUGGGUGCACAUCGUGGGAGAAGCGGCCGUCUGUUUCAGAUCUUUUAAUUUAUCAGAACCCCGACAUUGUUUGCAUAGCUUGUUGGGGGAAUUGCAAAGAAAAUAAAGUAUCAUACAAGGUGUUUAUUUCAAACUGUAAAUGAUUGAGUGGAAAACAAAUGUCAGUUCGCGCAACAAAAAAGGUGAGCCAUAGUUUAUUUUUUUAAGCCUGGAAAUAUUAUGUACUCUUUGAAGCUUUGAUAGGAUGUGUGUCUUUUUGUGAAUGUUCAAGGGGAGAGAAACACAGGGCUAUGUGGCUUUAAGAGGAACUUUUUUUAUGGUCUCUCUAUGAAGGAAGUGCUGGAUGAUCGGGGGGGGGGGAGAAUUUGAGCACUUGACACUUCCUGUAAUCCCUCAGUUUCCAGUUAAAGGGCCUUUCCUAAAAGUUUCUUUGCGAUGAAAGACAAUUUGUGUAAGAAACGGUUGAAUACUACGGCAUUUCUUCAAAACGUUUUGAAUAUCUGUAAAGAAAUAAAGGAAUUUAUGUAUAAAUUAAAUCAAAUCUC